AGAGACAGAACAGAAGAGAGCUGUCAAGCUGCGAGGAGGCAGCGGAGAGACGACUUAGUUUUUUCUUGGAAUACAUGUUCCCUCCAUCUCUGAAGCCAACACACACACUCAAAGAAUAUAAGCAAGCACACAAACACACAGAUGGGGAAGUGUGAGUGCUGCUGUUGAAUCAUUUUUAGGAUUUGGACUUACUCAAGCGCGUUUGGAUUCAGCAUCUUUGGACUUUUUGUUACAGUGCAACACUUUGGAUAAAGAGUGUGUUGAAUGCAACAGUGAGAUUUUGACUGACACUUUCAGCACUUGGACUCACUGUACGUUUGUUUGUGUGUCUGAGGAGGAGGAGGAGGAGGAGGAGGAUGUAUCGGUUGGUGACAGCGGUGCUGCUCGCCCACCUCGGGGCCUCCUUUACGGGUGCAUGGAGGGCAUCUCAACCAAGACUGCAGUUCACCCACUCCGAGCUGAUCCAGAAUGGCCGCCUGCUGACGCUGCCCCUGGUGGCCGGAGACAUGCAGUAUCUGCUGCCUGACGAAGACAGGAAGCGCCUCUACGUGGCCAUGAAAGAUAACCUGCUGUCUACCAGUCUGGAUGACAUAACGCAGAACCCACGCAAGCUGUACUGGCCAGCCAGUCCAGAGCGAGUCCAAGAAUGUCUGAUGGCUGGGAAGGAUCCAGAGUUGGAGUGUGCUAACUUCCUGAGAGUUCUGCAGCCUUUUAAUCAGACCCACCUCUACGUUUGUGGCACUGGCGCCUUCAACCCCCGAUGUGCGUUCAUAGCUACAAGCAUCUUCCAACAGGCAGAGCACCAGACUCUCUCCUACAGCCAGACAGAGUGUGGGAAAGGGAAAUGCCCCUAUGAUCCGUUCCAGAAAACAGCCUCUGCUGUCGUUGACAGAGAGCUGUAUGCUGGGAUCACCUCGGACUUCAUGAGCCGGGACUCCGCCUUCUUCCGUAGUCUCGGCAACCGCCACGUCAUCCGCACCGAGCAGUAUGACUCCACCUGGCUGCAGGAUGCCCAGUUUGUGCGGGUAGCGCCGUUGUCUGAAACUGAUAACCCGGAAGAUGAUAAGGUCUACGUGUUCUUCACCGAGCGCGCUCAGGAGGCAGAAGGGGCUGCUGGGAAGGUGCUCUACUCCAGAGUGGCACGUGUGUGCAAGAAUGACAUCGGAGGCCAGAGGAGUUUGGUCAACAAGUGGAGUACCUUCCAGAAGGCCCGCAUGGUGUGUUCGGUCCCGGGACCAGACGGCCUGCAGACACACUUCGACCAGCUGCGUGAGUACACACCAGCAUCCAAUGAGAAGCCCAUUACAUGCAAAACUAAUCACAUCAGACAGGCCUCAACAGCCACCAGUCACACUAACAGCUGGAUCUCUACCACUGAACGCUUCAUAAAAGAGGAAUUGAGUUAA